CGGGAUUUGACAGAUACAGUAGGGCAGCUGUCGGGCGAUCGUUGUAUUGAAAUGGUUUUCGUUGGUGUCGGCCUCAAUAUUCGCUAAAUUGGACUUAACAUUUGCUGUGCUAGAACCCAGGAACAGGUAGGAAACGCGUGUCGCGAAAUAGAUAAUAGGUGCAAGUUUCGACACGUACCGGCUCGCAGCACGCAUGAACGGCUAGCAGCCAUCAUAAGCACAGAAAGCUACGGCUGGAUGUGUGUGGGCCCCGGGUGAUUGAGCGCGCUAUUCAUACCAGAGUGCACACAGCGAGUGAAGCGAAAAAUGGCAUCGAGACGCAAAGCGAAACCCAUCAACAUCGAGGAAGAUGUACGCAUCUCCAUCCACCGGCAGAUCGAUUUGUUUCUGCAGGACGAAAAUCUGAUCGAGUACGAUUUUCCGCCCAAUCUUACCAAUCAACAUCGGGCGUACAUACACCAAUACGUACGCAACAAGCAAAUCAAAUCAAAAUCACAGGGAAAAGGGGAAAACCGACACCUUACCUUAUGCAAAACGAACCUGCCGGAUGUGAUGCACGACGAUGCCGUGCUCAGCCUAACGUCUGAGUCAUGGUUGCUGCUGGAAAAAAUCGAACAUUUGCAACGCCCCACCCGUGCGGCUGGUAAAGCACGCACGGGCAAAGGAAAGGCGAAACAGUUGCAUUCCAUCAGUGCUGCAUCGGCAGCGCCUACGAUACCACCACUGCCGGCUGGUUCGGUGGACAUCGAUGCUGCCCGUAAGCGUUUGCCGAUCGCACAGUUCCACGAGCAGAUAAUGGCGUGCAUGCAGCAGAACCAGGUGAUGAUAAUUUCGGGCAACACGGGCUCGGGCAAAACGACCCAGGUGCCGCAGUACAUCCUAGAGCGUGCCGCCCAAACGAAGCAACCGUGCCGUAUCAUUUGCACACAGCCGAGACGGAUCAGUGCGGUCACCGUGUCGGAACGGGUCUGUUACGAAAGGAGCGAACCGUUGGGCGAUACGGUCGGGUACCAGAUACGACUGGAAACCCGUGUCAAACCGACCACGAACGCGGUGUUCUGCACGAACGGUGUUCUUUUGCGCUGUCUGAUGGGUAAAGGGUGUGCCAAGUUUUUACAAAACGUGACGCACAUCAUCAUAGACGAGGUGCACGAACGGGACCAGUACUCCGACUUUCUGCUGAUUGCGCUGAGGGACAGUUUGGCGAAGAAUCCGCUCCUGAAGAUUAUACUGAUGUCGGCCACGAUCGAGUCGGACACGUUUGCGAAAUACUUUAACCAGUGUCCGGUGAUCGAGAUACCGGGCCGCCUGUUUCCGAUCGAGAUCGUUUUCCUCGAGGACAUACUGUUCAACAUGGACACGUACAAUCGCAGUGUGCGGAAUGUGCGGUCUGCGAUGGCGAAACAGUUGAAGCCGGCACCGUCGGUGCACACCAUGGACGAGGAAACGAUCGUACUGAUGAACGACAUACUGGAGGUGUGCUGGAUGCAACACGAUCGCAACAAUUUUCGUAACUUUUUCCUACUGAUCGGGGAGGAUAACAUUCCGAUCGAUUUUAAGCACACCGAAACACAGAUGACGGCACUCAUGAUUGCAGCUGCGAAAGAUUACGUCGAAAUCGUACAGAAGCUGCUGGACAUGGGUGCGGAUCCGCACGUACAGGAGAAGCACGGUUACAAUGCAUUCGAUUGGGCUUGCUUCGUCAACGGGAAUGGUAAAUGUUCGGAGCUGCUGAAACAAGCGAUGGAAACCCCGAGGCCAAUACCGACAGCAGCCGCUUCCCACACGCAGCAGAUGCAGCCGCAUGACGUGAAGCUGCUGCUGGAUGCAUAUCAUACGUCGACCGGAGACGAUAGGAUCGAUCACAGCCUGAUCUUCGACAUUAUUAUGUUCAUCUGCAGCCAAAAGUCAGAAGGAGGCAUACUGGUGUUUUUACCCGGGUACGACGAUAUACAGGAGCAGUACGGAUUGAUCACGAGCGAGGCGCCUGCGUUGCACUGCUUGCGCGUGUUCAUGUUGCACAGCAAGAUGCAAACAACCGAUCAGCAUGCCGUGUUCAAGCCGGUGCCUUCGGGAGUGCGUAAAAUCAUUCUCGCCACCAACAUUGCGGAAACAUCGAUCACGAUGGAUGACGUGGUGUACGUGAUCGAUAGCGGGAAGGUGAAGCAAAAAUAUUACGACUCGUACACGUCCACCAGCUCGCUGGCGACCACCUGGAUUUCGCAGGCCUGCGCCACUCAGCGUGCCGGGCGGGCUGGCCGUACCAGGCCCGGCAUCUGCUACCGACUGUACAGCCGCACCCGCCACGCAGCGAUGGAUCCGUACGUACUGCCGGAAAUAUUGCGCGUCCCGCUAGCGGAAAUCUGUCUGCACACGGCCAUGAUCAUGGAGGACGCAUCGAUACAGGCGUUUCUCAGCAAGGCCAUCACGGCACCGUCGGCGAUGAGCAUCAAGCAGAGCAUCAAAUAUCUGCAGAAGGUGGGUGCGUUCGAUGACGACGAAAACCUCACCGACCUCGGGUACACGCUGGCCGAGCUGCCGGUAGACGCCCGGCUGGGGAAGAUGCUGCUGUACGGCAUACUGCUCAAAUGCUACGAGCCCAUACUGAGCAUCGUGUGCAUUUUGAGCGUGAACGAGCUGUUCGUACUGCCGCCGUUUGCCGGCGACAAGGAGCGGGCGAACCGGAUGCGGUACGAGCUGGCGGACAGCUCGUACAGCGAUUGCUACACGCUGCUGCGCGCCUACCAGCGCUGGCUAAGCAUGCACUCGGUGCACAAACGCAAAGAGCUGUGCAGUCGCAUGUUUUUAAACCACGGCAAGCUGUCGAUGGUGCACGAUCUGCGGAACAAGCUGCACACGCACCUGUGCACGCUCGGGCUGGUGAAAACGUACGGUGCGGGCAGCAUUAACCAGCUGAACGCGUUUGCCGGCAACUGGAGCCUGGUGAAGGGCGUGCUGCUGGUAGGGCUCUACCCGAACGUCUGCUACCAGGGCAAAUACUCGAAAACGCUGCAGACACGCUUCGAGAAGAAAAUCUUCAUCCACCCAUCGUCGGUGAUCGGCAAGCGGGUGGCGAACGACGCCAAGGAGAACGGUAACGCGUCCUCGCUGCCGAGCGAAUGGAUCACGUUCGAGGAAAAGUGUAAGGUCGGCCGGGGAUCGAUGAUCCGCUGCAACACGGUCGUAUCGCCGCUAACGAUUGCCAUUUUUGCCGGACCGUGCACGCUGGACGAAGCGGGCUGCAUCGUUCAGGAGGAGGACGGGGAGGACGACGAGCCGGACCGGUGUCGGCUGUCGCUGGACGAUUGGAUCAAGCUGACGACGAGCGUAAAGGUCGCCAAGUCGGUGCUGCACCUGCGGCAGGCGGUGAACGAGCUUUUCCUAAAGUUUAUCGCCGACCCGCGCAAACAUCAGCCAAGCCCGGACGAUCUGAAGCUGAUCGAAUACCUUGGAAAGAUGCUUGGGCAGCAGGACGCAGCGAUUGGCUUAACGCACCAGCUGGAACAGUUUCGGGCGCGCGGAAAGCAACGCGAACCGACGGGUGGAUAUCAAGGUAGAAGAUAAAACUAAGCAACCGGUAAUUGGGGGAGGAUGGGCGGUCCGUCCGGUGGCCGAGGCGACAACGGCGCCAUCCAGACCGGCUCCCCGUACGCAGGGCUGACUACUAUGCUACGGGUGGUAAAAUCAAGUCACAGAAAGCCAGAAAUGGCAGGCCGAGGUUGUAGUGCCACCGAAGAAGAAGAAUUGGCAGGAUACAACAUAUGGACGAUAUCAAGAUAUUAGAACUUAGAAUAAAGAGCGAAUGACUUCAGCAGUCAAUGAUAUAGUAUGCUGUGAA